ACCUUUUGGUCCUGGGCUACACUUCUACGCGAAGAGCAGAGCCAUUGCCGUGGGUAGACAUGGCAUCUUCUUCGAAAAAAUCCCAGAAAAGGAAACCCAAAGGCAUGCCUGUGGACAAAUCCUCUAAGAAAAUCUCUAAAGAGAAGAGGAAACCAGUCAGCGUCGUUGGCUCUGAAGCUCUGGGUUUGCAGCUCCAAGAUGACGUCCCUGAUUUUCCCAGAGGCGGAGAGAGUUCUCUUACCUCCAGGCAAACCGGAGAAAUACGUCCAGAAGAUGAUUAUGAAUUUGGGACUGAGGAUCAUUUGAAAAAGAAGAAGAAGAAGGGAAACAAUAUGUCUAGUAAGAGUCGGGCACCCGUAGAUGAUUUGGGUUUGCUAUCCGGUGGUGGAAUCAAGGGAAAACUACCAAGAUACGCAAAUAAAAUUACUUUCAAGAAUAUAUCUCCUGGCAUGAAACUUUGGGGACUUGUGGCUGAAGUCAAUGAAAAAGACCUUGUAAUUAGUUUACCAGGGGGUUUACGUGGAUUAGUUCAUGCAUCUGAUGCGUUUGAUCCUAUUCGGAGUGACCAAGUUGAGGUCGGAGAAGGUUUCCUGUCUAGUCUCUUUUAUGUUGGGCAACUGGUUUCUUGUGUUGUAUUGCGAUUAGAUGAGGACAAUAAAGACAAGGGCAAACGAAAAAUUUGGCUAUCUUUGCGUCUUUCAAUGUUGCACAAGAACUUCAAUUUAGACGUUGUUCAAGAAGGCAUGGUCCUUGCUGCAUAUGUGAAAAGCAUUGAAGACCAUGGUUAUAUUCUUCACUUUGGCCAUUCUUCUUUUAUGGGAUUUUUACCAAAGAAUAGCCUUGCUGAUGGUAGAAGUGGUGGAGUAAAAGCUGGGCAACUUUUGCAGGGAGUGGUUAGGAGCAUUGAUAAAGGUCGUAAAGUUAUUUAUAUGAGUUCUGACCCUGAUACAGUGUCUAAAUGUGUGACCAAGGAUCUCAAGGGUAUAUCAAUUGAUCUUCUUAUCCCUGGCAUGAUGGUUAAUGCCCGUGUAAAGUCAAUUCUUGAGAAUGGCAUUUUGUUAUCAUUUCUCAAUUAUUUCACUGGAACUGUUGAUCUGUUUCAUUUGCAAAAUAUCUACCCUUCAACGAACUGGAAAGAUGGUUACAGUGAAUCUCAGAAGGUUAUUGCUAGGAUAUUAUUUAUUGAUCCGUUGACUAGAGCUGUUGGUUUAACGCUAAAUCCACAUCUUGUUCAGAACAGGGCCCCUCCAUGUGAUGUUAAAAUUGGAGAUAUAUACGAUGAUGCAAAAGUUGUCAGGGUGGAUAAAGGCUUGGGCCUAUUGCUGGAAGUCCCAUCAAUUCCGGAGUCUACUCCGGUGUAUGUCAGUAUAUCUGAUAUUGAUGAAGAGGAGAUCCAGAGGCUUCAGAAGAAGUACAAAGAAGGAAGUCGUGUUCGAGUUCGGAUCCUUGGGUUAAGGAAUUUGGAAGGAAUUGCUACUGGAAUAUUGAAGGCUAGCGCUUUUGAAGGAGAUGUGUUUACACAUUCUGAUGUCAAGCCUGGGAUGGUGGUGAAGGCUAAGAUUAUUUCUGUUGAUGCUUUUGGUGCUAUUGUACAAAUCCCUGGUGGUUUGAAGGCGCUUUGUCCUCUUCGUCAUAUGUCUGAAUUUGAGAUUGCUAAGCCUGGGAAAAAAUUUAAGGUGGGAGCUGAAUUGGUAUUUCGUGUGCUUGGUUGCAAGUCAAAAAGGAUAACAGUUACACACAAGAAAACCCUUGUGAAAUCCAAACUUGGGAUAAUAAGUUCAUAUGCUGAUGCAACUGAUGGAUUAAUAACUCAUGGGUGGAUAGCAAAGAUUGAAAUGCAUGGGUGCAUUGUACGAUUUUACAAUGGAGUUCAAGGAUUUGCUCCCAGGUCUGAACUUGGUUUAGAUCCUGGAAGUGAUCCAGGUUUGGUUUAUACUGUGGGACAAGUUGUUAAAUGUCGGGUAAUCAGCUCCAUUCCUGCUUCACGGAGGGUCAACCUUAGUUUCAUCAUCAAGCCUACGAGGGCUUCUGAAGAGGAUAUGGUUAAGCUGGGUAGUCUUGUUUCAGGAGUUGUUGACAGAAUAACAUCAGAUUCUGUAGUCGUUUUUGUAAACUCCAGAGGCUUUUCAAUGGGUAAAAUAUCCGUCGAGCACUUGGCUGAUCAUCAUGGGCAAGCUAUUUUAAUGAAGUCAGUUUUGAAACCAGGAUAUAAAUUUGAUCAACUACUUGUUUUAGAUAUUAAUGGCAGCAAUCUAGUUCUGUCUGCCAAAAGUUCGCUUAUCAAAUUUGCUGAUCAGAUUCCUCCAGAUAUUAGUCAGAUUCAUCCUAACUCUGUCGUGCAUGGUUAUAUUUGUAACUUAAUUGAGACAGGUUGCUUUGUCCGUUUCCUUGGUCGAUUGACUGGGUUCUCUCCAAUAAAAAAGGCAACUGAUGACAAGAAAACCAACCUCUUGAAAGCCUAUUACAUUGGGCAAUCUGUUCGCUGCAAUGUUUUUGAUAUAAGUAGCGAGACUGGUAGAGUAACACUUUCUCUAAAGCAGACAUCAUGUUCUUCAACAGAUGCAUCAUUUAUUCAAGACUACUUUCUUAUGAAGGAAAAGAUUGCUAAGUUGCAGUGCUUGGGCUCUGGUGGAUCUGAUUUGAAGUGGGACGAAGGAUUUAGCAUUGGGACAAUUGUUGAUGGGAAAGUUGGCGAUGUUAAGGAAGUGGGAGUUGUUAUAAAUUUUGAAAAGUAUAAUGAUGUUUUUGGAUUCAUCACAAACUAUCAGUUAGCUGGAAUGGUAUUAGAAAAAGGCUCUGCUGUGAAAGCAAUGGUUCUCGAUGUUUCAAAGGAAGAACGCCUUGUCGACUUAUCUUUGAGACCUGAGUUAAUUAAAGGAUCUAAAGAAGGGAGUUCCCAAAAGCAUGUUAAUAAAAAGAAACGGAGAAGAGAAGCAGUUAAGGACUUGGUAGCGCAUCAGACAGUGAAUGCAGUAGUAGAAAUUGUGAAGGAUGACUACUUGGUUGUAUCUAUUCCAGAGCAUAAUUAUGCUAUAGGAUAUGCAUCGAUAUCUGACUACAAUACUCAAAAGUUUCCCCAGAAACAAUUCUUAAAUGGACAAAGUGUCACUGCGAAUGUGAUGGGUCUUCCAAGUCUAGAAACUUCAGGGAGGCUGCUUUUGCUUCUUAGUGAGGUCAAUGAAGCUCCUUGUUGUAAAAGAGCAAAGAAGUCUAGUCAUAAAGUGGGAUCUCUGGUUCAUGCGGAGAUCACAGAUAUCAAGCCUCUUGAACUGAAAUUGAAGUUUGGAGUUGCUCUACGUGGCAGGAUUCACAUAACGGAGGUUCAUGAUAUAAAUGUUUUUGAAAAUCCAUUUGCUGGCUAUAAAAUUGGACAAACAGUGACAGCAAGGAUCGUUGCAAAGCCUAAUGAAUCAGAUAGCCAUAGGAAAGGCUCACAGUGGGAACUGUCAAUCAGACCAAAAACGCUUGCAGGUGCUGGUGAUAUAGGGGACACUAUUGGUGAAAGUUUUCAAUUCUCAACUGGGCAAUGCGUCACUGGCUAUGUAUAUAAAGUGGAAAGUGAAUGGGUCUGGUUAACAGUAUCUCGAAGUGUGAGGGCUCAGCUUUAUAUUCUUGACAGUUCUUGUGAACCCAAUGAGCUUGAGGAUUUCCAGAAUCGUUUUUAUGUGGGAAAACCUGUGUCUGGUUAUAUUCUGAGUAUCAACAAGGAGAAGAAGUAUUUGCGGCUGAUUUUACGUCCCCUUUCUGCUCCGCGUCAUAGAACUGGUGAUGACAUAGAAGCCAAGUUAGAUGAUCAACGAACAGAUGUUGUGAAUGCAGAUAUGACGGCUUACAUUCAUGAAGGAGAUGUUUUGGGUGGAAGAAUUUCUAAAAUCAUUCCAGGAGUUGGUGGAUUGCUUGUCCAAGUUGGUCCUCAUGCAUAUGGAAGAGUACACUUCACUGAACUUGCAGAAACAUGGGUCCCUGACCCAUUGUCUGGAUAUCAUACAGGACAGUUUGUCAAAUCUGUGGUUCUUGAAGUCAGCCACUCUGUCAAGGGUACUGUUCAUGUUGAUUUGUCGUUUCGGUCUUCAGAUCAGAUGUUUUCUCAGAAUGCCAAAGAAAUACAAAAUCCUGAGUCUACUAGUAGCAAACCUGUUGAGAAGAUUGAGGAUCUUCAUCCUGAUAUGGUUGUACAGGGUUAUGUAAAACAUGUCUCACCAAAAGGAUGUUUUAUUUUACUCUCACGAAAGAUUGAUGCCAAGAUUCUUCUGUCAAACCUAUCCGAUGAAUACAUUAAAGAUCCUGAAAAUGAAUUUCCUGUGGGGAGGCUUGUUACUGGAAGGGUUUUAUCUGUCGAUCCUCUAUCAAAUCGUGUUGAAGUUACAUUGAAGAAAUCAGAUGGUACCAGUAGAAUCAAUUCUGAUAUUGUUGAUUUCAGUAAAUUCCAUGUUGGAGACAUUAUAUCUGGCAGGAUUAAGCGACUGGAGCCAUAUGGUUUAUUCAUUGCAAUUGAUAACACAAACAUGGUCGGAUUAUGCCAUGUGUCAGAGAUUUCUGAUGAUCAUGUUGACAACAUAGACACGAAGUUUAAAGCUGGAGAGAAAGUAGAUGCACGAAUAUUAAAGGUCGAUGAAGAAAGAAAAAGAAUUUCUCUGGGAAUGAAGAAUUCAUACAUGAGAGAUGAAUCUGCGCUUGAAGUUUCUUUAGAACAAGAAUCCGAUGCAAAUUUUUCAGAUAAAAUGAAGUCUAUAGCUUCAAUGAAUAGCGGUUUGCUUGACACACAAAUUAUGGAUAUCGAAGAUGAAAAUAAUCGAUGUCUGAAUUUUUCACAAGCAGAAGCAAGGGCGUCCGUUCCGCCUCUUGAUGUCAAUCUUGAGGACUUUGAUGAGUUUGAUGCAGAUAACACUACUAGCCAAAAUCAAGAGCAUGGAAAAGAAGACACCAUAAAUGAAAAGGAAAAGAAGCGUGCGAAGAAAAAAGCAAUGGAAGAGAGGGAGAAAGAAAUAAGGGCUGCUGAGGAAAGACUGCUGGAAGAGGACAUACCAAGGACUGCCGAUGAAUUUGAAAAGAUGGUUAGAAGCUCUCCUAAUAGCAGCUUUAUUUGGAUAAAGUACAUGGAUUUAAUGAUUUCCAUGGCGGAUGUUGAGAAAGCCCGCUCAAUUGCUGAGAGGGCUUUGAGGACAAUAAACAUACGAGAAGAAAAUGAGAAGCUCAAUAUCUGGAAGGCAUACUUGAAUUUGGAGAAUGAGUUCGGAAACCCUAGAGAGGUAAUAAGGAGAGCACUUCAGUAUAAUGAUCCCAAAAAAAUCUAUCUAGCUCUGCUGGGAGUGUAUGAGAGGACCGAGCAGCAUCAGUUGGCUGAUGAACUUGUCCAUAAAAUGACAAAGAAGUUUAAGCAUUCAUGCAAGAUUUGGUUGAGGCUCGUGCAAAGACUCUUGAAGCAAAACCAGGAUGGAAUUCAGUCUGCUGUAAAUCGUGCUCUGUUGAGCCUUCCCCGACAUAAGCAUAUUAAGUUCAUUUCACAGACAGCAAUUCUUGAAUUUAAAGGUGGGGUACCUGAUAGGGGACGAUCCAUGUUUGAAGGAAUAUUACGGGAAUACCCAAAGAGGACAGAUUUAUGGAGUGUUUAUCUUGACCAGGAAAUUCAACUGCAAGAUUCAGAUGUAAUCCGUGCGUUGUUUGAGAGGGCAAUUAGUCUGAGCCUCCCGCCUAAAAAGAUGAAAUUCUUGUUCAAAAAGUAUCUUGAGUAUGAGAAGUCCCAAGGUGAUGAAGAACGGAUUGAAUAUGUGAAAAAGAAAGCGAUGGAAUACGUCGAGAGCACUCUGGGCUGAUU